GUGAUUUGUACUAGUUUAGUUUCUUAAUCUAAUGUCAUUUAUUACCGUGUUUAAUAUCUCCAUUGGUUUCGCAAUUACCAAAACGUGCAAUGUAUUUCUUACAUGCGAUACAAGGUAUUUACAUCAGGAUACUAUCUAAUUUUCAGCCGGGUACUUGUAUUUUUUAAUAUUCAAUGGUGACAAUCAAUGAUGCACUGUUCAACUUUAGAAAAUGAGGUGGGACAUCGUAUGGAAGGAGGUGACGUUCUGGUAGCUAUCGCUGCUCUUGUCAUAGAGGGUCGCAUCCCUGGAAAGCAGUCUAUGAAGAAUGCCAAUUUUCAUACAGGACCGCAUUCGAACUUUAUCGAAAGUCCACAUAAUUGCAGUUUUUAUGAUCCGUUGUGUGUGGAGUUCGCGAAGGUGAAAAAUCAAGUCUUGGAGUUAUGGCAAAAGGGCAUUCCUUUGUGUAUCGACGUAUUGCUUAAAUCAGCGUGCCAAUGCAGCGACGAAGAAGAAUCACCACAACUUAACACCAGCCCAUCGGAAAACAAGAACGGUCGAAAUGUUUUGGUCGAACAGUGGAUCAUUCGUGUUGAGCAUAGGAGGAUUACUGAUAAGAGCCACGUAAACCUACCUCAGCUUAUUAACGCCAUUCGUUCUCAAUUGUACUUUUCACAACUGUCUUCUUGGCUGUCAUUGGCUAACGGAAAAAUAUCUCAGAAAAACAUUUCCUAUCGUUUGUCGGUUCCCGGGGAGACGUUUCAUACUUUAAACUUCACCAUGUUGGCUGUUGAGCAUAGUUUUCCUGUUACCGACAUCGGAAACGGCUUAUCCCUUCAAAUAUGUCUCCUCAGUUUGCCGAGAACGUCCGAAAUUCCCGUACUAAAAUGUCCAAAAUGUUGUUCGAAAGCAGAUUCUCGUAUUCCGAACCUUAGAAACAAUAAAACUGCGGAAAAUAGACCUCUUAAAAUGUUUGAUGACAGAAUGUAUACCAACUGCAAUUUGAAGGGGAAGCACAGGUGCGAAGAUUUUGACGAUUUACAGUCUAGUGUAAAGUCAAAAGAAGAUUUUUCAAAAUUUAAACGUAUCUGUAAUAGUAAAACGAAUUCGGAUGACUAUCCGCAAUAUCAAUCGUAUCCUUCAACGUCAAAAUGUCAACAAGAUCAUCAGGACCACAAAGUUAAUUUUAAAAGGGCCGAAGCUUCGAGUUCCAAAGAUUUUCACCAAGGUUGCGGUAAAGUCCAAAAAGGGGAACAAAUCGACCGUAACAAUUCAUUUGUAAACUUUAAUCUAUUUGGACCAAAUUCAUCAAAAAAUUGUUCGAAUCACUCUGAACCGACAAGCCAUGAUCUCAGUAAAAGUAAAAGUGAGCUUUUGCUAGAUGCCAUCUUACGUAGCUGUCGUCGUGACAACAGCCCCGAGCAAAGUACAAAUAGUGUAGAAUUAAGCAAAGUGCGAAAGUCGGAUAAUGUUAAUGUUAAUGUGAAUGAUGGAGACGAUGAUGGUACCUGUGGUCUUCACUUUACCGGACCGUCGUCACCGAACGAUGCGACAGCGUCUCAUGGUGAAUGUGAUAUUAACUCAUGUGAUAAAAAAUCAUGCGAAUAUAGUAUUAAGAAUAGGAUUAGGUCGAACGUACACUUAGAUAAACAUUGUGAUACCCCCGUUCCGAAAGUUGUCCAAAAUAAAAAGGGUUCUGGUAAUUUUUCUCCUUUAACUCUGUACAAGUCGAAGGCCAAACAAAAGCUCACGUUCGACGAUUGGUCGAGCGAGAAGAGUGUUGAUCAGCAGGAAGUGCCAGAUCCUGUGGGGGAGGCUUUGCAAAACUGCCACCUGAUCGAAAUGGGAGCCGAGAGUAUUAAUGAUAAAUAUAAAACGGUUGAAAACAAUGCGGUUAACGGGAUUGAUAUACCGUCCGCGGUUGACCAAAUAAAAUUCAAAAAGUCGCUGGAUAACGCCACGUCCAUGGUAUUCCACUCGCGCACCGGAUUGCCUUUGACAAGCAGUCCCGCUCCAGUAAGAAGAGGAAAAUCUUCAUUCGAUUACGACUCCAGUAUUAAUUCUGUUUCCGCAAUUGGAAGUGCUCUAUUCUCUCCUGGCAGCGACGACGAAAGUGAAAGUGACAGUAGCAUCGUAUCUCCACGAAGUCCGGACUCUUUUUGUCUUCCGAAGAAGGAACCCCAACUGGUUAGGUACUACAGGAGAGGUCAUCCUAAUAAUUUGUUAGGAACGUUCGAAGAAUCGGUUCUGAAUGGUCGUUUGGAACCCGUUUCAACGGUCCAUGGCUUCACGGCCGAAUUGGGAGCAAGCGGAUCAUUCGUUCCAAAACAUGUUACAUUUCCAGUAACUGUGUUCUUUUACAAUUUGGGAGAUAAUGAUAAAGUUUCGACACCUUACUUGGGGCACAUUAAUCUGGGCAGAAAAGGAUACCAAGUUCCCAAAUCAGGCACAAUCCAAGUAACCCUUUUCAACCCUCUCGGCACAGUUGUUAAGAUGUUUGUUAUUAUGUACGACCUUAGCGACAUGCCUCCCUAUUCACAGACGUUUCUUCGACAACGAACCCUUUAUAUGCCUACUAAAUGUCAAGAUGAAAAUUUGGAAUGGGGUCCAAGAUGGCUGCGAUAUCUCAUUCAUUUAAGAUUUAUAAGUUCAAAAUCUGGAAAAGUUUAUUUACACAAAGAUAUCAGGAUGAUCAUCUUUCGAAAAUCGGAUCUGGACACAGCAACUGCCCAUGGCAUCGAUAUGGCGUACGAACUACGUAGUUUUACACAUCAACCAACCAACCCCAAAUUUUCGCCACGAAAAUAGUAAUAUGAGAAAACUACCCGUUUUGGUUGUUAUAAUGGGAAAAAUAUUUUUACGUGCAGAAUCUUGCAAUGUUUACAAUCAUUCGUAGAUUCGUAAAAUUAAUCCUUUUCCUAUUAUAAUAACGUCUGUUUGGAAAAUAGUAAAAGUUCCAGUUUUAAUCGUUACAAAUAUAUCACUUAAUAUAUUAUGCAUAUGAUAUCGUUAGUGUAGCAGUUUAAAAGUUAAUACUAUUUUUAUACUUAUGCAAUAAUGCGUUACACAUUUGAAAGAGACAUUUCUAUUGAUUUUGAUUUUUAGAAGUAGAGUCAAUCAUACAAUUGAAUAUUUAAUUUGAUUUUUCCAAUAAUUUUAUUUGAAGGGGGGAAAGACGAGUUCCAUUUAAAAGAAAGACAAUAAAAACUUCUGAUUUGUGUCUCAUAAAUCAGUAUUUAAGUUAAAUUAAUUUAUUUCUAUUUUUUAUUAUUAAAUUCGGGAACGUUGCAAGGUGGCAGCUUUAAAUGUGAUAAUUGGUAAAGAAUAACUUGUUUAUGUUGUCUCUAAUUUGACUAUUCAGAAAUUAGCUGUCAUUAUUUUGGUGCCUUUGAGAUUCAUUUUUAAUGCCAUUUAAUGAUAGGAAUGAUUUGAGCAAACUGCUAAAUUACUUGGUUUUUAUUUUCACUGCAGUUAAAAGCAUGUGUAAUGUUGUCGAGCGGUUGCUGAAAUUCAGGUUGUCAAUCAGAUGUGUGCAGGUGUGCCUUUAUCAUGUGAAUUUGUGAUUUAGUAGUUAAGUUGUGGUAUAAAUAUGUUUACGAUUGUUAUUUUAUAUAAUUAACUAAGAGAUGUUUAACGUGAUUACAUCGAGUUCGAAAUAAAGGACCACAAAGUGUUAAUAGUUUUUAUUUUAUUGUUCGUACACAUAAUUUUUCCUGAAUUUACAUUUUUUUACAAUAAAUUUUCAGUUAUGAUUAAUUGGAAGUAACAAAAACAGAUGCAGUCAUUCACAUGUAGUUCUUUGUUUCGAAUUUACUACUGUGUAACUAAAUUUAUUUUUAUAUACACAAUAUGUUUUGUAGUAAUAUUAAGUAAAUUAUUCAAAAAAAAAAGUGAUCAGGCUUCACUGUUAUGUUGAUCAUACAACUCUUAGUAUUUUUUUCAAGGGUCUUAUGUUCUUGUAUAAAACACUAAAACAGCAUGUGGGUAACUUGUUUAAAUUGAUAAAUUCUGAUGAUACACUGCCAUGUAUUGUAAUUUAUUGAUUAAUGUUGUUUAUCAGCUUGUUUACACAAUGUGUGUUAAUGUGCAAAGUAGUUUGUAAAAGUAAUCAUUGUAGAGGUACAGAAUAUUUUUUGUAUAAACAAUUUCUUAGCUAUCAAGAAAUGUAAUCGUUAACAGUAUCCCCAUUACAAUUAUGUGAAAAUGCCAAA